AAAAAGUAAACAUUAAGUAUGGUUGCGUGUUGCGUGCGCGCACCACCAAGAUGUAUCAAAUUGAUACCUAAGUGGCGGCUUGUCGCCUUCAACUCUUACACCUCGCAACGUAACACAUUCUAAUGAGAACCAGAAACAGCUGUCCCGUACAUUGCGACAAAAAAGGGUGGUCUCUAAACUCAACUCCCCCUUUCCGGCGUGUCCUUCCAAAGUUAUGCCGCGUGUCGUGGCGUGGGUUGGAAAAAUUGACCCAUCACGCAAUCAAUUAUUCAGCCCCGUGAGAGUCCGAUUCCUUCGGGCGGUGGCCACCAGCUAUUGAUUUUCCGUAAUUAUUUCACCCUCUCGAGGGGGGAAGGCACGAGUCGAUAAAAGCGAUUGACCUGCAUGCCGAAGGUAACCGUAAUGUUUCGUUUUGCUUUGUUCUUUUCCCUCAGGUUAAGAUCCUGAACCUGAUGGCCGGCGAGCACAUGACCGAGGACUUUCUCAAGAUCAACCCGCAGCACACCGUUCCGACGCUCGUCGACGACGACUACGUCCUGUGGGAGUCGAAGGCGAUCGCGACCUACCUCGUUGAGCAGCACCGGCCGGACAGCGCGCUCUACCCGAGCGAUCCCCGCAAGCGUGGCCUCGUCAACCGGAUGCUGUACUUUGACUCGACGGUGCUGUUUGCGAGGGCAUUCGCCGCCAUCGGGCCGGUCAUGCGCGCCGGAGCCAAGAGCAUUCCGCAGGAGCGCAAGGACGCCAUUGGGGAGGCGCUGUCCACGCUGAACGGAUUCCUGGAGGGACAGGACUGGGUCACCGGGGAGGACUGCACCGUGGCCGAUUUGUGCCUGCUGGCGAGCGUGUCGUCACUGGAGAAAUUGGGCGCCGACGUGAGCGGUUUGGCCAACGUGAGUGCCUGGCUGGAACGCUGCAAGGCCCUGCCCGGAUUCGAUGAGAACGAACAGGGCGCCACCAUGUUUGGCCAGGGAAUCGGCUCCAAGCUGGAGGAACCGUACUAAGAACUCUCUAUUUGUGUCGCUCGAGAAAAAACGGCUUUUAUUUAACAAACACACGCUACAUUUUCUUCAACUACUUGUCGAACAGUAUAAAACAAAGAAUAGCAUUUAGUGAUGAGAUGAAUCGAGAUGGUAUAGAUGUUAGUAUUACUGUUACCACGUUACAUCAAGAGGUUAAUAAUAAAAACGAAAAAAAUAUUAAUGCACUAAGCACUAAACAAAAAAACAAAACAAGUUUUUCUUUCUCAA